AUGUCAGACGGUUUCUCUUUAUCCGAUGCUUUGCCCGGCGGCAACAACCCGAACCCCUGUGCCCCCCCACCCCAAGGCUGGCCCUCCUGGGGGAACUACCCACCAGGUCCUGGGGGGUUCCCAGCACACCCUGGCCCGCCAGGGACCUUUCCUGGAGGACCGGGACCGUAUCCUGGACCACCAGGGCCGUACCCUGGACCACCAGGGCCGUAUCCAGGAGGACCAGCAGGACAUGGACCCUAUCCAGGAGCACCAGGAGCGUUUCCGGGAGCACCAGCAGGGCCAGGGCCGCAUCCUGCCCCAGGACACCCACCCAGCUGUCCUGGAUUUCGGCCCCCUCCUCCGCAGAGUGGACCAGCUCCUCCACUGAAAGUCCCCUUCGAGCUGCCCCUGCAGGCAGGACUUGCCCCUCGGAUGCUCAUAACCAUCACGGGGAGUGUCAACCCCAACCCAACCAGGUUUUCGCUGGAUUUCAAGAAAGGGAAUGACAUCGCCUUCCACUUUAAUCCUCGCUUCACGGAAGAGAGCAAGAAAGUCAUCGUCUGCAAUUCAAUGUUCCAUAACAACUGGGGAAGGGAGGAGAGGACAGCUCCUAGGUUCCCAUUUGAAGCUGGAAAACCCUUCAAGCUCCAGAUCCUCUGCGAGGCAGAUCACUUCAAGGUAGCGGUCAACGACGCUCACUUGCUGCAGUACGGCUUCCGUGAGAAGAACCUGAACCAGAUCACCAGGCUCUGCAUUGCUGGGGACAUCACCCUCACCAGCGUCAUGCCGACCAUGAUAUAG